AUGGCGUCGUUCGAUGAAGCACCUCCCGGAAACCCCAAGGCCGGUGAGAAGAUCUUCAGAACCAAGUGCGCGCAGUGCCACACCGUCGAAAAAGGUGCCGGUCACAAACAAGGACCGAAUUUGAACGGUUUGUUUGGAAGGCAAUCUGGAACAACACCAGGAUAUUCUUACUCAGCUGCUAACAAAAGCAUGGCCGUGAAUUGGGAGGAGAAGACUCUCUACGAUUACUUGUUGAACCCCAAGAAGUACAUUCCUGGGACGAAGAUGGUGUUCCCUGGACUGAAAAAGCCACAAGAUCGUGCCGAUCUCAUCGCUUAUUUGAAGGAAGGUACUGCAUAG